AGGCCCGGGCAGCGGCAGAACGAGCGGCGCUUCGGUUCCGUUUUGCAAGCGGCCGGCGGAGAGGUCGGGCUGAAUCAUGUGGGUCCGGUAUUGCGCGGCGGGGCGGCGGCUGCAGCAGCUGAGCCACGGCCGCAUCCAUAGUCCCACAUCCUUCAGCCAGCGUUUGUGGAGGUGGAGAAGCAGCCCAGCGAACGAAAGAGCCCUGCAAUACAAAGUCGGAGACCAUAUCCAAGGGUUCACAGUAAACCAGGUGACAACUGUACCGGAGCUGUUCUUAACUGCUGUUAAACUCAACCACGAUAAGACAGGAGCCAAGUACCUGCAUGUGGCACGAGAGGAUUCCAAUAAUCUAUUCAGCGUUCAGUUCCGUACCACCCCAAUGGACAGCACAGGCGUCCCCCAUAUCCUGGAGCACACUGUGCUCUGUGGGUCUCAGAAGUACCCCGUCCGAGAUCCCUUCUUCAAAAUGCUGAACAGGUCGCUCUCCACGUUCAUGAAUGCAUUUACAGCUAGUGACUACACACUCUACCCAUUUUCCACCCAAAAUCCCAAGGAUUUCCAGAAUCUCCUCUCUGUGUACUUGGAUGCAGUGUUUUUCCCCUGCUUGAGACAUCUAGAUUUCUGGCAAGAAGGCUGGAGGCUGGAACAUGAGAACCCCAGAGAUCCUCAGACACCGUUAACCUUCAAAGGAGUAGUCUUUAAUGAAAUGAAGGGAGCCUUUACAGAUAAUGAGAGGGUGUUCUCUCAGCACCUUCAGAACCACAUUCUCCCUGGUCACACUUAUGCGGUCAUCUCUGGUGGGCACCCUCUGAAGAUCCCUGACCUUUCCUGGGAGCAGCUCAAGCAGUUCCAUGCCUUGCAUUAUCAUCCCAGCAAUGCAAGGUUCUUCACUUACGGUAACUUCCCCCUGGAGCAACACUUGAAACAAAUUCACGAGGAGGCGCUCAUCAAGUUCCAGAAAAUUGAACCAAAUACAGGUGUCCCCCCACAGCAACUCUGGGACAAGCCUAGAGAACACCAUGUAAUGUGUGGCACAGAUUCAUUUGCUGCGGACCCCAAGAAGCAGACCAUGGUCAGCGUCACCUACCUCCUGGCCGACAUUACAGAUAACUUUGAAACCUUCACACUAAACCUGUUGUCAUCGCUGUUGGUUGGUGGCCCAAAUUCCCCCUUUUAUAAAGCUUUAAUCGAGGCCGGCCUGGGUACAGACUUCUCACCAGAUGUUGGGUUUAAUGGUUACACAAGAGAGACUUACUUCAGUGUCGGUCUUCAAGGGAUCGCUGAGGAAAACAUCGACACUGUGAAGCAAAUCAUCGCUAGAACCAUUGAUGAAGUUAUCGAGGAUGGAUUUGAGGAGGAGAGAAUCGAAGCUCUGCUUCACAAAAUUGAAAUCCAAAUGAAGCUUCAGUCGACUAGCUUUGGGCUUUCCUUAACCUCAUAUAUCGCCUCCUGCUGGAAUCAUGAGGGAGACCCUGUCGACCUACUGAAGUUUGCCGAUAAAAUCGCUCGAUUCCGGGAGUGCCUCAAGGAGGAUCCUCACUUCCUUCAGAAGAAAGUAAAGCAGUACUUCAAGGAUAAUCCUCAUCAGCUCACUCUGUCAAUGAGUCCGGAUGAAGCUUUCUAUGACAAGCAAGCAACUCUGGAAGCUGCAAAACUGAAAGAGAAGAUUGAGGUUCUUUCUGAAGAAGAAAAGAAACAAACUUAUGAAAAAGGUUUGGAACUGAUGGAUCUGCAGAGCAAGCCUCAAGACACGUCCUGCCUUCCAGCCCUGAAAGUUUCAGAUAUUGAACCUCGAAUUACCUGCACUGAGCUGGAGACAUCGCUUACAGCGGAGGAUGUCCCCGUCCAGUACUGUGCUCAGCCCACGAAUGGUGUGGUGUACUUCAGAGCUGUCUCCAGUCUUAACACCCUCCCAGAAGAACUGAGACCCUACGUGCCACUCUUUUGCAGCGUCAUAACCAAAAUGGGAUGUGGAGCUCUCAGUUACAGGGAACAGGCUCAAGAAAUUGACUUGAAGACCGGCGGGCUUUCUGUCAGCCCGCAUAUCACUGCGGACUGCUCCCAUCUGGAUGUGUACGAACAGGGGGUGCUCUUCUCUUCACUGUGUCUUGAUAAAAAUCUGCCAGACAUGAUGCACCUGUGGACAGAAAUAUUCAACACCCCCCAUUUUGAAGACGAGGGACAUUUCAAAGUGUUGGUGAAGAUGACCGCUCAGGAGCUGUCAAAUGGGAUCCCCGAUUCUGGACACCUGUACGCCUCGAUUAGGGCUAGCAGAACCCUGACGCCUGCGGGAGAGUUGCAAGAGAUGUUUGACGGCAUGGAGCAGGUGAAGCUGAUGAAGCGAAUUGCGGAAAUGUCUGAUAUUAAGCCAGUGCUGCGCAAACUGCCCCGGAUCAAGAAGCACCUGUUAAAUAGUGACAACAUGCGGUGUUCAGUGAAUAAACCGUCGGAUCCCAAAGCUGCUGCAGGUGGGGCACCCGGAAGUGCUCAGAUCACAAGGAAACUCAUCACAGAUCCUACUUUCAAGCCAUGUCAGAUGAAGACCCAUUUCCUGCUUCCCUUCCCAGUGAAUUACGUUGGGGAAUGUGUUCGAACUGUUCCCUUCACAGACGCAGACCAUGCAAGCCUUCGCAUCCUUGCCCGUUUAAUGACUGCUAAAUUCCUACAUAUGGAAAUCAGAGAGAAAGGAGGAGCAUACGGAGGAGGCGCUAAGCUUUCUCACAACGGCAUCUUCGCAUUCUAUUCCUACAGGGAUCCAAAUUCCAUUGCGACUCUGGCUGCCUUUGAAAAGGCUGUGGAAUGGGCCAGAGCAGGCAAAUUCACCCAGCAAGACAUCGAUGAAGCCAAGCUUGCUACCUUUGCAGCGGUAGACGCUCCUGUAGCGCCUUCUGACAAAGGGGUGAAUCAGUUUUUGCUCGGGAUCUCUGAUGAGAUGAAGCAGAAGCACAGGGAGCAUCUUUUUACCGUUUCUAAGGAUCACCUGACGGAUGCAGCCAGCAAGUACCUUGCUGCUGGGAGGAGCACAAGAGGACUGGCUGUUCUUGGACCAGAAAAUGCUGACACUGCCAAAGACCCUACAUGGGUUAUACGAUAACACUUGCUGUCGAGUUUGCUUAGACAGGAUAAACCAGGCCAUAUGCCAAAUAGCAAAAUAACCUAAAAUCUUCCUCCUUGUAUACAUGCCUGCAAGCAGGGACAAGAAACUGUUGUGCACUGUGUGACU